CCUUAUUAUAAUAAUAAUGCAAAUAAAAUGACCAGAAAGAAAUCAGGUCCCCACAUUCAUAAUUUAUUUUUAUUUUUGGUACUAACUAACCAAAUCAUACCUCCUCCAUCUCAACUCUCAUUUCAAUUCACUACUUUGUUAACCAUUUUUAUUUUUAAAAAUAAUAAUAAUAAUAUUAAUACCAGAGAGAGAUGUUCUCAAAAAGGUACAUCAAUAAAUAAAUAAAUAAAUAAGCCGUUUUAUUUUUUAUUUAUUUUUUAAAAAAUAAUUAUACACCGACGUGUACAGAAAAAUACAGUACAAUACUCUUUCUCUUUCUCUUUCUCUUUGUUUCUCACACUAACACUAUACUGUCUGAUACAGUGUGAAGUUUCUCUCUCCUAUAGUUUCUUUGGGCUUCUCUCUCUUUCUCUGCUACUGCUACUACAAUACAAGCCGACGACAAAACUCCGCGCUGGCAAAGAUUCCCUCUUCACCCUCCCACACAAUCUCUCUCUUUCUUUCUUUCUUUCUCUUUUUCUCUUUAUCUUCUUUUCUUCUAACCCUAAAAAUUUUCCCCAGAAACAAACGCUGCCCCACUGUCUACAUCGCUAUCUCAAUCAUGGCCGUGGUUUACUUGAUCUACCCAUCAUAACUCACCCUCCUCUAUCUUUUCAACCGGUCCGUAAUAAUAAUAAAAAAAAUUAUUAGCUUAAAGAAAAAGAGAAAAAAAAAAAGAUAAUGGGCUGCGCCAGCUCUAAGGUCGAUGAUCUCCCGGCGGUGGCGCUCUGCCGAGAGCGCUGUGACCACCUUGACCGAGCGAUUCAACAGCGUUUUGCCUUUGCUGAGUCUCACAUGGCUUACAUUCUCUCUCUUAAAGGUAUUGGUAACUCAUUGCAAACUUUUGUUCAGCAGGAGUUAGCUAAUUCUUCUGGGGCUCCUCCCUCUCCUAAGCUUAAUCUUCCUCCUCAACGGAAAGGCGAUCCUGAUGUAAGUAAGACUAUCAAAGCUUCGAAAUCGCCGCACAAUCACGACAAUUCCGAUGCUCAUCUACAAUUCCACUCCGAUUCGGACUCAGAUGAUUCGGGUUCGCUUCACCAUUCGGAUCAUUCAUCGCCUUUGCACAGUCCCGGUGGUAUGUAUGGUUACAUGGAAACGGAUCAAGGAGGAUUGGGCUCGUAUGGAGGAGGGUUUUUAAAUAUGAAUUAUAUGCAGAAUAAAGCUACGCCUUCUGUGGUCUACCAGCAGAGACCCCUCAGUCCCGAGAUCAUACACCAUGUGGGUGACGCUUCUGCUUCUUCUUCUUCUUCAUAUUACCCUUAUCCUAAUCAUAUGAGCAAUAAUCAGAAUCAAUAUUCGUAUUAUGGGUAUGACAAUUAUGCCAGUGGGAUGGGUGGGUAUUAUGGUAAUUCUUCGCCGCCUCCUUAUGGGGCUAUGUCGGCUGGAGCUUCCCAGGCUGUGGCGUCUUCGUCUAAGCCACCUCCUCCUCCGCCUUCACCACCGAGGGCUUCGGCUUGGGAUUUUUUGAACCCAUUUCAGGCCGAGGACAAGUACUAUUCACAGUACACCCCUAGCCGAGACUCGAGGGAGGUAAGGGAAGAGGAGGGAAUUCCUGACUUGGAAGACGAGGAAUAUCAGCACGAGGUUGUGAAGGAAGUUCACGGUGAUCAAAGGUAUGCUGCAGCUGAUGGUGGGAAGCAUGCCAAGGCGGCGGCCGCUGCAGCUGCUGAUGACAAGGUUAAUGAACCAGAGGUCUCACAUUAUCAGACUAGGCCGCGUGAAUCGAUGGAGAAUGAAGGGAUGGAAUAUGAGGUUCACGUCGUGGAAAAGAAAGUUGUUGAUGAAGAGGAGAGGUCGAAGGACCGCGGUGGCGGGGCUGCAUUCAAGGGUCGAGGUGGUUAUCGAGAUGUUUUUGAAGCGGUAAGGGAAAUUGAGACCCAGUUUCAACGAGCUUCAGAGUCUGGUAAUGAAAUUGCUCAGAUGCUCGAGGUGGGAAAGCUUCCGUACAACCGUAGACAUGCUUCCAAGAUGUUACACGUGGGUACUCAAUCUCUGUCGGUAAUGUCCUCACAGCCGUCUACAUCUAAGGCUGCAGAGUCCUCUUCGUCUGCGGCUGCUCCUGCCCAGUUGGACUUUGAGGAAGAAUUACGGACCACGUCAAAAAAUCUUUCUUCUACAUUACAUAAGCUGUAUCUUUGGGAGAAGAAACUCUACAAUGAAGUUAAGGCUGAGGAAAAAAUGCGGGUAAUGCAUGACAGGAAGUGCCGUAAGCUGAAGCGAUUGGAUGAAAGAGGUGCUGAGGCACACAAAGUUGAGGCAACUAGAACUUUUAUAAAGGGUCUAUCCACAAAGAUAAGAAUUGCAAUUCAAGUUGUUGAUAAGAUUUCCGUGACAAUUAACAAGAUCAGAGAUGAAGAAUUAUGGCCACAAUUAAAUAAAUUAAUUCAAGGGUUAACCAGGAUGUGGAAAUGUAUGCUUGAAUGCCAUAGCAUUCAAUGUGAAGCCAUCAGAGAAGCUAGAGCUCUAGGCUCUAUUGGAUCUGGUAAAAAGCUUGGUGAUGCUCAUCUCGAAGCAACUUUGCAGUUUGGGCGUGAGCUUAUUAACUGGACUUUCAGAUUCUCUACUUGGAUAAGUGCCCAGAAGGGUUAUGUGAGGGCCAUAAAUGAUUGGCUAGUCAAAUGUAUUUUCUACGAGCCUGAAGAAACAGCUGAUGGAAUAGUUCCUUUCUCACCUGGGAGGAUGGGUGCGCCUCCUGUUUUUGUAAUCUGUCAUCAAUGGUCGCAAGCUAUGGACAACAUAUCUGAAAAGGAAGUGGUUGAUUCUAUGCGUGUAUUUGCCUCGAGUGUUCUUCAGAUCUGGGAACAAGAUAAGCAUGAAAUGCGUCAACGAAUGAUGGCAAACAAGGAUCUAGAGAGAAAAGUUAGGAACAUGGAUAAAGAGGAUCAGAGGAUGCAGAAGGAAAUUCAAGCAUUUGACAAGAAAAUGGAGCUUGUCACAGGGGAGAAUAACAAUCUAUCUGUAAGUGGACAUAUUGUAUAUCAAAGCGACACUAGUAAUGCUAGUCUGCAGGCUAGCCUGCAACGUAUUUUUGAGGCCAUGGAAAAGUUCACAGCUAACUCAUUGAAAGCUUAUGAGGAGCUUCUGCAGCGCAGUGAAGAAGAAACUCAUUCGAGAGAGCAAGAGACAUAGGGCCGUGUUAUGAAAUGUUAAUGGGUUCAUCCCUUGCCAGGAGUCUUGUACUCCGUUUAAGUGCUCAACUGCUGUUGGUGGUUCUUGCUAGCUAUGAGAAACAAGACAAGUUGAAGCCUGCAUGUAUGCACGACUAAGCAUCAGUCUGCAAUCAUCUGGAUCUAUAUACUAUAUUUUAAAGCACUGUCAUUCAGAUUAUAUUAAAAUUGCAACUUUGAACUACCUAAACUGCCAAGGGUGAAAAGGAAGAGACAGAUUGAAAGUCCAAACUAUUUGGAAAACUGCCGUUGAAUUGGCUUUAACGGUGCAUUCAGGAAUCAGAAGCUGAUCUUGAGUUGCUCUGGCAAUAAUGCAGCUGAGUCGAACACGGGAUUAUUUCCUGAACUUUCCUCAAUGCAAGGGGUGAAAUUGAAACAAUGCCAUCUAUUAAAGUCGGGGCUCUGAAGUCUUGAAGUUAAUCUUAUUGCAAUUGGAUCCCAUUGAAAGAAGCAUGCACAAAUGGGGCCAACUGCAUAAUUUCAGUAAGCCAAAAUCCUUUCAAUUUUGCCUGAUGACGAGAUUGAGUAGUGUAGGUAUAUGUAUAUUUGAUGGGCUUGUUUGAGUGUGACGCAAGUCAGCUUAAUGCCCCAUUAAUUAUAAAAUCUUGUACCAUGUAUAGAUUCCCUUUUCCUAGCUUAGCUUAUUUUGUUUGAUAUUUAAUUGAAUUAUUGUACAGAAGACUUUCCUUUUCCUUUGACAUUUUAGCCAAGUGAGAACACUUUUAAUAAUAAGGCGGGGUUUGGAAAUUAA